AUUUUCAUUUUGCAGCAAAGCAUUUGAAGGAGUACUUGGCAUUUUGGCAGCCCUUCUCCUCAGUCCUCCCCAAAAAAGUCCCCGAUUAAUACGCAUCCUCCCCGCACCCACCUUUUAUUCACCGCCAUGAAACUAACCUUCUUCCUCCUCCCUUCCUUUAUAUUCUGAUUUCGCACCACCAAUCCCAAUCCCAAACCCUAAAUUUUCAUUUCCCCCAAUUUUAUACUCUUUUACAUUUUUAAUCUUGUUUUUUAAUUGGGUUUUUCGUUCUUAAUUACCCCUUUUCUUGAACACUCUAUACGCCACUGUUUCUAUCUCGGCGAACCAAUUUCGCGACGAACGAGGUUGAUCGGUAUAAGAUUUGUUCACUUUUGAUUGAAGUUCGAGUCUUUCUUCGAUUAAUCAAAGCAUAGAAUCAAUUCUUUUAUCAGAAAAGAAGAAGGGAAUCUAGGGUUUUUGUGUUAGUUGAUUAAGCGAUUCGGAUUCUGAUUUUUAGGGUUUUCAAUUUUAAAUCAAAGAAUAUUAAGCUCGAAAAUGGUGGAAAUAAUCGUCGGGUCGCCAAAUGAUUGAUUGAAACCUUUAAAGAGGGUGGGUUUUGAUUUGUAUGGAAACUCGUAGCCGGAAGCGGGCGGAGGCGUCCCCAUCAGCCCCUUCUUCAUCUUCUGCAGGUCCCACAACUCGCGCAGCGAAACGAACCCGUCUUUCUUCUUCUUCCUCUUCCACAACCGCUGCUACCCCGGCUACUCGCUCUCGAACUCGCUCUAACAUAAGUGUGUCUCCUGCAACGAUGGAUGAGUCAUCCUCUCGUGGUGGCCGAAGAGGCAGAAACCAUCAUGGCGCUGAUAAGGACAACGAUAAGGGGAAAGAGAAGGAGCAUGAAGUUGAGAAAGAGAGAGAAAACGAAUUAGGAGGACUGGACGUUUUUGACGAUGAUGAUGAUGAUAAUGACAAUGAUGAUAGUGAAGGAGGUGGCGGUGUUGGUCUUUUACACCAGAAUCUAACCUCUGCUAGCAGUGCCCUCCAGGGGUUGCUUCGAAAGCUAGGUGCUGGGCUCGAUGAUUUGCUCCCUUCGUCAGCUAUGGGUUCGGCCUCCUCUUCGUCCCACCAGAGUGGAAGGCUCAAGAAGAUACUUUCUGGAUUAAGAGCUGAUGGUGAGGAUGGGAAGCAAGUCGAAGCUUUGACUCAGUUGUGUGAGUUGCUGUCAAUUGGGACUGAGGAUUCACUUAGUACGUUUUCCGUGGAUUCGUUUGUUCCUGUGCUUGUGGGGUUGCUUAAUUACGAGAGUAAUCCUGAUAUUAUGCUUCUUGCUGCGAGGGCGAUUACUCAUUUGGUCGAUGUCUUGCCUUCUUCUUGUGCUGCUGUUGUUCAUUAUGGCGCGGUUAAUUGUUUCUGUGCUAGGCUGUUGACAAUUGAAUAUAUGGACUUGGCUGAGCAGUCGCUGCAAGCACUAAAGAAGAUAUCUCAAGAGCAUCCAACUGCGUGCUUGCGAGCUGGUGCGCUAAUGGCAGUGCUUUCUUAUCUCGAUUUCUUUUCAACUGGAGUUCAGCGAGUGGCAUUAGCUACUGCUGCAAAUAUGUGCAAGAAGCUCUCUUCGGAUGCUGCCGAUUUUGUUAUGGAAGCUGUUCCUCAUUUAACGAAUCUCCUUCAGUACCAUGAUGCAAAGGUUUUAGAGCAUGCUUCUGUUUGCCUUACUCGGAUUGUUGAGGCCUUCGCAUCAUCUGCUGACAAACUUGACGAGCUUUGCAAUCAUGGGCUUGUUACCCAGGUCGCUUCACUUAUUUCAACCAGUAAUUCUGGUGGGGGUCAGGCCUCCCUCAGCACGCCUACUUACACAGGCUUGGUCCGACUUCUUGCUACAUGUGCAAGCGGGUCUACUGUGGGAGCGAAGACACUGCUGCUUCUAGGUGUAAGUGGCAUUCUCAAAGAUAUUUUGGCCGGAUCAGGACUUGUGGGAAAUAUGUCUGUAUCCCCUGCUCUUAGCCGGCCACCAGAACAGAUAUUUGAGAUUGUGAACCUUGCAAAUGAGCUGCUUCCUCCACUUCCGCAAGGAACCAUUUCCCUUCCAGCUAGCUCUAACUUAUUUGUUAGAGGUCCCCUUUUUAAGAAGUCGCCUAUGAGCAGUUCUGGCAAGCAAGAUGAUAAUGGAAACGUUCAAGAUGUGUCAGCAAGAGAAAAACUCCUGAAUGAUCAGCCAGAGCUUCUGCAGCAAUUUGGAAUUGACCUUCUUCCGGUCUUAAUACAGAUUCAUGGAUCAAGUGUGAAUGGUCCUGUCCGUCACAAAUGCCUUUCAGUGAUUGGUAAACUAAUGUUUUUCAGCAAUGCGGAUAUGAUUUCAUCUCUGAAUAACACAACAAAUAUAUCAAGUUUCCUUUCUGGUGUUUUAGCUUGGAAGGAUCCACAAGUAUUGGUCCCGGCACUACAAAUUGCAGAGAUACUGAUGGAAAAACUCCCUGAGACGUUCUCCAAGAUGUUUGUGAGAGAAGGUGUGGUUCAUGCUGUGGAUUCGCUCAUAGCUUCUCCAUCAAACUCUGUUUCAGCUCACACUGCUACCCCUGAAAAAGAUACUGAGUCAACAUUGGGUCCAUCUGCACGAGCGAGACGUUUAAGGCGUCGAAGUGGAAACCAUCAACAAGAUGCGGAAGAGUUGAAGAAUUCAGUUUCAGUUGGUGGUUCACCUCCUACCUCUGUUGAAGUUCCAACUGCCAGUUCCAAUCUUCGCACAACUGUCAGUGGUUGUGCGAAGUCUUUUAAGGACAAAUACUUCCCUUCUGAUCCUGGGACUGUUGAUGUUGGUAUAUCUGAUGACCUCUUGCAUCUGAAGAAUCUAUGUGCAAAGUUGAAUGCUGGUGUUGAGGAGCAGAAGUCUAAAGUGAAAGGAAAAUCUAAGACUGCUGGUGCUUACGUUGCAGAAUUCGUAACUGGCAAAGAGGAGAGCUUGGUUGGAAUAGUGUCUGAGAUGCUAGGGGAACUAAGCAAAGGGGAUGGUGUUUCUACAUUUGAAUUCAUUGGCAGUGGAGUUGUUGCUGCCUUACUGAACUACUUUUCCUGUGGUUACUUUAACAAGGAAAGAAUUUUGGAGGUGAAUCUUCCUAAGCUUAGACAACAGGCACUCAAAAGAUACAAAUUGUUUAUCUCCAUUGCCCUUCCUAAUGAAGGGAAUGUAGUCCCUAUGACUAUUUUAGUCCAAAAGCUUCAGAAUGCUUUGUCUUCGCUGGAAAGGUUUCCAGUAGUAUUAAGUCAUUCAGCUAGGUCAUCAGGUGGCAGUGCACGGCUGUCAUCAGGUUUAAGUGCAUUAUCUCAACCAUUCAAGUUGCGUCUAUGUAGAGCUGCAGGAGAGAAGUCUCUUCGUGAUUAUUCUAAUACUGUUGUACUUAUCGAUCCAUUAGCAAGUUUAGCAGCUGUUGAGGACUUCCUUUGGCCCCGAGUUCAACGAACUGAGUCUGGGCAGAAGGCUUCAACUUCUGUGGGAAAUUCUGAGUCAGGGCCAUUACCUACAGGUGCUGGUGCUUCAUCACCAGCUGCCUCCACCCCUGCUACUAGCACUCGUCGCCAGUCAACCAGAGCAAGAUCAGGUGUUAAUAUAGGAGACACUUCCAGAAAAGAUGCAUCUCAGGAAAAAAAUAAUAGCUCUUCCAAGGGGAAGGGUAAAGCUAUACUAAAGCCAGGAACAGAGGAAAUAAAAGGUCCUCAAACAAGGAAUGCCGCUCGUAGAAGAGCUGUUUCAGAUAAAGAUGCUCAACUAAAAUCACCCACUGAAGAAUCUAGUUCUGAGGAUGAAGAUUUGGAGAUGUCUCCUGUCGACAUCGAUGAUGCAUUGGUGAUUGAAGAUGAUGACAUCUCUGAUGAUGAAGAUGAUGAUCAAGAUGAUGUACUGGGAGAUGAUUCUCUUCCUGCUUGCAUGGCGGACAAAGUGCAUGAUGUAAAGUUGAGUGAUUCUGCUGAAGACAGUGCUGCUGCCCCUGCCACUAGUGAUAGUCAGAACAAUCCCGCUUCAGGCUCCAGUAGUAGAGCUGCCACUGUAAGGGGGUCAGAUUCUACAGAUUUUCGAAGUGGGAGUUCAUUUGGUUCAAGGGGUGCAAUGUCAUUUGCUGCUGCUGCCAUGGCUGGGCUUGCUUCUAACGGCAGGGGAAUUAGGGGAGGCAGAGAUCGCCAUGGUCGUCCUCUUGGCAGUUCCGGUGACCCUCCUAAGUUGGUUUUCUCUGCUGGUGGCAAGCAACUUAAUCCGAAUUUGACAAUCUACCAGGCUAUCCAGCGUCAGCUUGUGACUGAUGAAGAGGAAGAUGAGAGGUACAAUGGUAGUGAUCUUGUUACCAGUGAUGGUAGCAGGCUAUGGAGUGAUAUUUACACUGUCACUUACCAAAGGACAGAUAGCCAGAUUGAGAAGUCCCAUGGGGCUGUGAAUUCUGCCUCUCCAUCAAAGUCUACUAAAUCUGGUUCGAGUUCAAAUGCUGUUGCUGCCUCACACCGGUCACCUCUGGACAGCAUCUUGCAAGGGGAACUUCCCUGUGAUAUGGAGAAAAAUAAUCCAACAUAUAAUAUUUUAUCAUUGCUACGUGUACUUGAAGGUUUGAAUCAACUUGCACCCCGUUUGAGGGUUCAAACAGCUUCUGAUAAAUUCUCGGAAGGGAUGAUUUCAAGUUUAAAUGAGUUAAGUAUUUCUGGAGCUAGGGUUCUUACUUCAGAAUUUGUCAACAGCAAGCUCACCCCCAAAUUAGCUCGACAGAUACAAGAUGCACUUGCACUAUGCAGUGGUAGUCUGCCGUCCUGGUGCUACCAGCUGACAAAAGCAUGUCCAUUUUUGUUUCCUUUCGAAACUCGCAGGCAGUUUUUCUAUUCAACUGCCUUUGGAUUGUCUAGGGCCUUGUAUCGUUUGCAGCAGCAACAGGGUGAGGGUCAGGGGUCUAAUGAAAGAGAAGUUCGAGUUGGGAGGUUACAACGUCAGAAGGUUCGUGUAUCAAGAAAUCGCAUUUUAGAUUCGGCAGCGAAAGUAAUGGAAAUGUAUUCCAGCCAAAAGGCUGUCCUUGAAGUUGAGUAUUUUGGUGAGGUUGGGACAGGAUUAGGUCCGACAUUGGAGUUCUACACACUUCUGAGUCAUGACUUGCAGAAAGUGGAUUUGGGAAUGUGGAGGACAAAUUGUUCAUUUGACAAGUCAUCUAUGGACAUUGACAGUGAUGAUCAGAGCAAAAAAGGGAAAUCUGAAGAUGCCUCAGUAUUGUUAUCGGGGGGUAAUGCAAAUCUUGUUCAAUCUCCUCUUGGAUUGUUUCCUCGACCAUGGCCGCCAAGUGCUGAUGCUUUAGAGGGUACCCAUUUUAGCAAAGUCAUUGAACAUUUUCGACUGCUCGGACGAGUAAUGGCUAAAGCUCUUCAGGAUGGAAGGCUCUUGGAUCUGCCAUUAUCUACACCAUUUUACAAACUUGUGCUCGGGCAGGAGCUUGAUUUGCAUGAUAUCCUUUCAUUUGAUCCGGAGAUUGGGAAAACGUUACGAGAAUUACAUGCCUUAGUUUGCAGAAAGCAGUAUUUAGAAUCAAUAGGUGGUGAUCAUCCAGAUGUAAUAGCGGAGUUGUGCUUUCGUGGAACUCCAAUUGAGGAUUUAUGUUUGGAUUUCACACUUCCUGGAUAUCCAGAUUACGUCUUGAGACAAGGGGAUGAAAAUGUGGACAUCAAUAAUUUGGAGGAAUACAUAUCAAUGGUGGUGGAUGCCACAGUUAAGACUGGAGUUAUGAGACAAAUUGAAGCUUUUAGAGCAGGAUUUAGCCAGGUUUUCGACGUGACAUCUUUACAGAUAUUUUCUCCAGACGAGCUUGAUUGCUUGCUGUGUGGCCGUAGAGAGUUGUGGAAGCCUGAUAUGCUUGUUGAUCACAUUAAAUUUGAUCAUGGAUACACGGCCAAAAGCCCUGCAAUCGUUAAUUUACUUGAGAUUAUGGGUGAGUUCACACCAGAACAGCAACGCGCUUUUUGUCAAUUUGUCACUGGUGCCCCACGUCUUCCACCAGGUGGUUUGGCUGUUCUAAACCCCAAAUUGACUAUUGUGAGAAAGCAUUCUUCAACUGCCACCACCGCUUCAAAUGGAACAGGGCCUUCAGAAACUGCUGAUGAUGAUUUGCCAAGUGUGAUGACCUGUGCUAAUUACCUGAAGCUUCCUCCUUACUCGACAAAGGAGGUUAUGUUGAAGAAGUUGCUUUAUGCUAUCAACGAAGGACAAGGUUCAUUUGAUUUGUCAUGAUUCAUCAUUAAGGGGUUGUCCAGUUAUCCAACAAAUGAGUUGCCAAGGAAAGUGUUUAUGGUGACUGUUCUUGGAGCGGCGGCUUUUGGAUGGGAAUGUGUUGAGCUCUUUUGUUAUUGCCUUGCCUCUCAGGCAUGUAUAUAUUAGUUUACGUGCUUAUGAUUUUCUGGAAACUAUUUAAUGUACUCCAAACAACGAGAAUAGAAAAUAAUUUCUUCUUAAUCAUCUCUUAUAGUUAUUCUUAUGAACUGCUAGUGGAUGAUUUAUAUUUUUUUAAUGCCGCACCCUUGUAAAUUUUGUGAUACUGGAAAAUUGAUUGCUAAUCCAUGUAAUUUGCCUAUUA